AUGGGAAUUAACGCUCACUCGUUGAGCAUUCUGCUCAGUCUUUCCUUAAGCCAAAUUGCUUAUAGUCAGAUAAUUACUAAUGACUCGUACUUUUACGGGCAGUCUCCGCCUGUCUACCCUUCUCCGCAAGGAACCGGGUCUGGUAACUGGCAAUCGGCUUAUCAGAAGGCCAAAGGAUUUGUUCGACAACUUUCUCCUGAGCAGAAGCUGAAUUUUACUGCUGGUUACUCUGUGCAUAAUGGCUGUUCAGGGAACAUCCCACCUGUAGAGGAGCUGGGCUUCCCUGGCUUCUGCGUCUCAGAUGCCGGGAAUGGACUGAGAGGAACGGACUAUGUCAGUAGCUGGCCCAGCGGCCUCCAUGUUGGAGCCAGCUGGAACAAAGAUCUUGCCAAACAGCGUGGAAUCCAUAUGGGCGCCGAAUUCCAGAGAAAAGGUGUUAAUAUGAUGCUGGGCCCCGUCGUUGGUCCACUUGGCCACAUUGCGGAGGGUGGUCGCAACUGGGAAGGCUUUUCAGAUGACCCGUACCUCAGCGGUGCUCUAGUUCAGAGAACAAUUCAGGGUGUGCAGUCGUCAGGUGUUGGAACUUGCGUCAAGCACUACAUCGGGAACGAACAAGAGACGAACCGAAAUCCUGGAAACAAUGAUGAGGGCAAAUAUGUUCAAGCCGUUUCAUCGAACAUUGAUGACAAGACGAUGCACGAGCUUUACCUUUGGCCAUUCCAGGAUGCAGUUUUUGCGGGUAGCGCGUCCGUUAUGUGCUCGUAUCAACGCAUCAAUAACUCUUACGGCUGUCAAAAUAGCAAGACGCUGAAUGGGUUGCUCAAGACGGAGUUGGGCUUUCAAGGGUACGUUAUGACUGAUUGGGGUGCGCAACAUGCCGGCAUCGCCGCUGCUAAUGCCGGCCUGGAUAUGGUGAUGCCUUCUUCCAAGAUGUGGGGUGAUAACCUCACUACUGCCAUUAACAAUGGUUCAAUGGACGCGUCUCGACUAGAUGAUAUGGUGACUCGUAUUAUGGCAACAUGGUAUCAACUAAAUCAGAAAGAGACUAUUCCUCACCCUGGUAUUGGCAUGCCCAGUGAUAUCAACCAGCCCCACCAGAAAGUCAUUGGCAAGUCUCCAGACUCGAAAGCUACUUUACUCCAGGGUGCAAUUGAAGGCCAUGUCUUGGUGAAAAACACAAAUAAUGCGCUACCUCUCAAGGCUCCAUCCUUAGUCUCAGUCUUUGGAUAUGACGCCGUGGGACCAAAUCAUCUAGAGGUGGCACUGGAUUGGGUUUCUGGUGAUCCUGCAAUCCAAAACAGUACUUUGUACGUCGGUGGUGGGUCGGGUGCCAACUCGGCAGCCUACGUGGAUAGUCCUAUCGAUGCCCUCAACCGUCAGGCGUAUGAAGAUGGUACCUCCAUAAUGUGGGACUUUUACUCCCAGGACCCGGAUGUCGAUCCAACCUCCGACGUCUGUCUCGUCUUUGUUAACAGCUACGCGACCGAAGGCACUGACCGGCCUGGGUUGACGGAUGAAUUCAGCGAUACACUCAUCACCAAUGUCGCGACUAAAUGCGCUAACACUAUCGUUGUUAUCCACAACGCUGGUAUCAGAGUGGUUGACAACUGGAUUGAGAACGACAAUAUCACAGCUGUCAUCUUCGCCCAUUUGCCCGGUCAGGAUACCGGCCGCUCUCUCGUCGAACUUCUCUACGGUCGCACCAAUCCAUCGGGCAGACUUCCAUACACCGUCGCCAAGAGUCCCUCUGACUACGGGUCCAUUCUACAACCUUCUCAGCCUACCGGUCAGUAUUCGUUGUUCCCACAGUCUGAUUUUACCGAAGGUCAAUUCAUCGACUACCGCGCAUUCGACGCGAAGAACAUCGCCCCGAGAUUCGAGUUUGGCUUCGGUUUGUCAUAUACUACCUUCGACUAUUCGAAUCUGCGAGUUCGGAAGACGAAUCAGCCUACUUCACAGUAUCCCCCUUCUGCGGCUAUCGUGGAAGGAGGCAAUCCGCACUUAUGGGAUGAACUUGUUACUGUCACUGCGACUGUGAAGAACACGGGCAGCAUGGAUGGGUUGGAAGUGGCUCAGUUGUAUGUUGGAAUUCCUGGUGGGCCGAUCCGCCAACUUCGGGGCUUUGAAAAGGUCUUGAUAGCCAGGGGCAAGAGUGUGGCUGUGAGUUUCUCGUUGACGCGAAGGGACUUGAGUAAUUGGGAUGUUGCUGCUCAGGAGUGGGCUUUGCAGACUGGUGCCUAUAAGGUGUAUGUUGGUCGAUCGAGCCGAGACCUGGCCUUGACUGCCACUUUUACCUUUUAG